CCGAUGAGUUCUCCGCCUGCCGGCGUUAUACCAAACUUCACCAAUCCCACCGACACCCUGUAUCCCGAAAUCGUGGCUACGGUGAUUUUGUCUAUUGUGUUAACAACAAUCUUCACCGCUGCACGCUUGAUAGCUAAGAAAACAAUAGCGAGUUUCACGAUCGAGGACUGUAUGUACCUCUUAACUUUACUUGACCUUCCACGAUUGUAACCGAUCAUUGUAUUCCACAGAUUAGCUGGGCUAUUAAGCUCAUGUACUGCAUUAUUACUUGGCUCGCCAAGGCAACACUACUCCUCCAGCUUCAACGUACUUUUGCGCCAAUUAAAUCGGGCGCCGUAUACAUCGCUAUUCAGGUCUUGCUCUGGAGCAACUUAGCAUUCUACCUAGCAUCAUUCUUCGUUCUGGUGUUCGAGUGCGUGCCACAAGAGCGGAUAUGGAAUCCGCUGAUCACAACUGGGCACUGUAUCAAAACGGGUUCCCUGCUGAUAGCUAUGGGUGUCAUCAACGUGGUCAGCGACUUGAUGAUCCUGAUACUACCCAUCUGGGCUAUCUUCCACCUACAUAUGAGCAUGAAGUUGAAGCUGGGCAUCUCCGCCAUCUUCGCAACAGGCCUGCUUGCUUUCGCGUGCUCAAUCUGCCGCCUGGUGUACACCGUCCCUCCGCUGCACAGCGACGACGCCAGCUACCUCUUUGCCCCAGUAGGCUUGUGGUCGUAAGUCAACCCAAGUCCUUUUCAU